AUGAUUCGAUUUGUGUUGUUGCUCAACCGUCAGGGGAAGACGCGCCUCUCGCGGUGGUACGAAGGCGGGUUGUCUGACCAGGAAAAGUGGAAAGUGGAGAGUGGGAUCCACGCAGCAGUCCUUCAGAGACAGCGAAGGUGGGCAAACAUCCUCGACUUCCGGUCCUACCACCUGGUGUACAGGCAGUACGCGGGGCUCGUCUUUGUCGUGUGUAUCGACAGCACCGAGAACGACCUGGCUGUGUACGAAGGCAUCCAGCUGUUCGUCGAACUGCUCGACAAGUACUUCGGGACGGUCUGCGAGCUCGACAUAAUCUUCCACGUCGACAAAGUUUACUUCCUUCUCGACCAGUUCAUCCAGGCCGGAGAAAUAGUUCAAACAAGUCCGAAACUGAUCGUCUCCCGCGCGAAACGCCUGGACGGUCUCGACUGA